AUGAGCAAAGUUUUGUCUUUGGCUGAGGUUUCUGAGCACAACAACGCCAAGGACUGUUGGCUCAUCAUUGAUGGCAAGGUUUAUGAUGUCACAAAAUUCUUGGAAGAUCAUCCUGGUGGAGAUGAAGUUUUGUUGUCUGCAACAGGGAAGGAUGCAACUGAUGACUUUGAGGAUGUUGGACAUAGUAGCACUGCAAGGGCAAUGAUGGAUGAAUUCUAUGUUGGUGACAUCGAUACGUCAACCGUCCCCACCAAAACCCAGUACACUCCUCCAAAGCAGCCUCACUACAACCAAGACAAAACAUCUGACUUCAUCAUCAAACUCCUCCAGUUCUUGGUUCCCCUGGUCAUCUUGGUUGCGGCUGUUGGCAUCCAUUUCUAUACUAAAUCUUCGGCUUAA